AAAGGUCAGAUAUCACGCCUAUGUCAGUUAUACUGAAACGUACGUCAGUAUAUCGAUUGAUGAGAACUUUGCACAGUUCAGUCUUUGCACGAACACGGGAUUGUAUGUGUAUUCAUUUUCGUGAAACAAAUAUUUUACUUAUAAAAUAACUUGAAAUUAACAAUAACGCUCGUAUAAGCGCGUUUGACACACACACUAACAUAAAUAAAUAAACCUAUAUAUUUGUAAAUAACAAAUUAAGUAACGUAAGGUCUAAUAUGCCUGUGCAACUGUAUUAUUUUCCCGUGAGUCCACCUUGCCGAGCCGUUAUGCUCACGGUAGAAGCGAUUGGACUCGAAGUAGAACUAAUAAUGGUGAACACGAUGGCUGGUGAAAAUUUGACACCGGAAUAUGAAGAGUUAAAUCCACAAAAGACAAUUCCAUUUCUCGUUGAUGAUGAUCUCAAGAUAUCAGAAAGUCGAGCUAUUAUGACUUAUCUGGUUGAUCAGUACGGCGAGAAUGAUACAUUAUAUCCGCGAAAACCGGAGGCACGUGCUCUAAUCGAUCAACGAUUAUAUUUCGAUGUUGGCACACUUAACGCGAGCGUGUUUAAUUAUUUCAUACCCCUGGUAAAGAGGCAGAUCGAUACGUUUGACCCGGCACAAUAUGAAAAAAUGACAGAGGCCUUCCAAAUUCUAGAAAAGUUUCUCGAAGGACAUGAUUACGUAGCUGGACAUAAUUUGACGAUCGCCGACCUAGCCUUGGUCGCAUCUGUGACCACAGCAGAGGCUGUCGGAUUCAACUUGGAAGAUUAUGAAAACGUUUCUAAUUGGUUGGAAAGAAUACAAACACUUGCACCUGAAUACGAGAAGGUUAAUGGCGAACCAUGCGCAAUGUUCAAAAAUUUUAUAGAAAGCUUACAAGGCGAAAAAGGAGAUGAAGAAAAAGAAGAAGAAGAAGAAAAGGAAGAAGAAGAAGAAAAGGAAGAGGAAGAAGAAGAAAAGGAAGAAGAGGAAGAAGAAAAUGAAUAG